CUCUUCGCGUGCAGCAUCCCUCGCGUCAGUUGCAAGUCGGAAAUUGUCGCGCGCGCUCUAGCACACACCCGUUGCUCCGAACGCAGCCUCGCCAAACUCGUGGGUCGUUUUAUCUACAUAUCGACACCAGAAAACGAUUUCAGUGCAGCGACGAGACACAAUGCCGGUCGAUCGUCAGUGAACAGUGAAAGAUCUGUUGGUUAAUUUUUGUCAUUUUCGUUUUGUUUUGUUUUUCACAAUGACAAAGCAACGUUGACAUACGAGUCAAUGAGCCUCUGAGCACGUAGUACAAGUGUGCGUGGAACGAUGAUCGAGUGCAAUGGAGAGAUAGGAAAUAAUUAGCCGUCACACAAGCGGAAGAGAGAUGGAUAACGCACGCGGCAAAGUUCGCCGGGUCCUGGCCCUGCUGCUGCUCGUUUUCGGAGGUGCCACGGGCUUAAAAACUUUGAAGAUAACGGCACCAGAGAGGGUAAGGGUUGGAGACUCGGCUCUGCUGACGUGUAGCUAUGACCUGGAAAAUGUCCCGCUUUACGUUAUAAAGUGGUACUUGGACGACACCGAAUUCUAUCGAUAUGUACCCAAGAAGGAACCAUCCCACGCCAUAUUUCCCGUGCGAGGCAUCCAAGUCAACGUCUCAGGUUCGAACUCACAGGACGUGACGCUGGUCCACGUGACGAGGAACCACACUGGGCGUUACAGCUGCGAGGUAACUGAAGACGGACCGACUUACGACACCAGAGUCCAGGAGGCUCACGUCCUUGUUGUCGAUGUCCCAGAAACAGAGCCGAGAAUCGCAGUCGACAAGGAGCACUUACCAGCCGGCGAAACACUCCGAGCGAAUUGCACGUCGGGCGCCUCCCGGCCCGCCCCCAACAUUACGUGGACCCUCAACGGAGCACCCUUGAAUAACAUGACGAUUAAGUUCAAAGUACGAACGAAGACGUUGCCGAUGGUCUUCGACGACAAAAUGACGACCCACUCUUUCCUGAGCUUAGAGACAACCGGUAUGUUUCAAGACGGCCGUAUCCGCCUGCGAUGCUUCGCCGAAAUAACGCCGGUCUACAAAGCGUCAGCCUCGAAAGAAAUAGUGGAGGAAGGACCCUAUCUUGCAUCGAGUACUGGAGAUGCAUCGCCACACAGCCGACCCGUUUUUUAUUUUUCAGAAUCCAGCGGAAGUGGCUUCACCAGCUCAACCUCUCUCUGGCCUUACGGACUAGCGUUAAAUGUUGUCCUAGGACUAUUCUUAGGAGCCCUUUCCACCAGGUAGUUCCAGCUUGACUCCGAUGAAGACGACGAAAAACUAUACGAUCCGAGGACGUCCUCUCUGCCCGACCCGACUACAUCGUGCAUGUAAAACCUAGUAGCCUAGGGCUUCCAGUUAUGUAUGUUACUAAUGUACAAUUGAGUAGGUUAUUGAAUGAUUUUUAUUCGAGUGAUGAGCGAUGGUGGACCGAUGGCUAUAAUAAAGGACAAAUGCGUUGUGGGAGAUGAGAAUAAAAGUAUAACUUAAUAAGCAACGUAAAAUGGCGAAUUUAAUAAGAAUUAAUAAUAACGACGACGAUAUACAUGCUAAGGCUAAACAAAGUUAUGAUAAAAUAUAAAUAUAAAUAUAAGACAAAGGGGUAGUAUACACACACGCAUACAUAAACACACACACACACACACACACGAUAUUGCGAUUACGAUAUACAAGUUAAUUUUAAACAUGUUAUCUUUUGAUGUAAAUUGUUAAUAAAACGCGUUUACUUCGUGCAUUCACAUUUCGCUAGGUGGCUCUAAGAGAACGCUGACACACGAUUGUAAAUUUGUCUCUCUUUAUUACUUAACCUUGGCUACAGCAAUAAAUUCCUUCACUAUAUUUGCAACGAAAAAUUUAGUUGGAGUGUAUCAUCAUUCGUGUAUUAGAACAUACUUUUUUAUUACGCUGUGUAAUAAGCUAGUUUUAAGAGGACAUAUUUUUAAAUGAUGAAUACGCGGGAGCAUAGCCUUGAAAAGGCUGUUGUGUUAUAAUUUUGUAUUAAUUCUGUAAUUUAUAAUUAUGUAUUUUGCUUAUAAGUAGCGACACCCAAUCAAUGAUUAUGCAAAUUUUAUCAAUGAUGUUAUAUAUAAGUAACGUGUAUAAAAUAUAUAUAUUUUUUGUUUAAAUAAUAAUGUUGACUGUUGCGUUUUUGUUCUACAGUUAUUAUUGAUAACCAGUUAAUUACGCUUUAAAAAAAUGACACUUAUAUAUUUAUUUUAUAAAAAUAAAGAAAAAUGUAACCUA